AGCGUUCGAGCGCUGAAGGUCUCUCUGUUGUUAACCAUCCACCUGCUAUGCAAAUACACACAGAAACACGCACACCUCCUGCACGCUACAUACCGGCCUCACAUACAAAGUCCUGGAAGAUUUGCAUUCACACCUCACAGCAGAAACUUUCCUGAUGAACUGAAGACCGCACGCAUCAUGAGUUUCCUCGGGAAGCUGAAAUCAUCUAAACACAACGGACCACCUGCUCCACCCAGACGAACAGGGAAUUUAGUAGAAAACAAUUCUGGUUGUGGCUGGCCGGAAGGGGAGUUUGAUGAUGAAGAUGAUACAUAUGAGGCUCCGCCGUGUGAACGGCCAACUAUAAAUGUCCAACCCCGUCAAGUGGAAGAUGUUUACCUGGGUUAUCCAAACCGAAUCCCAAACCCUGUUACUCCCAAACGACAGGCAGCUCCACCCCCACGUCCGGCCAAGAUCCUCCCUGCAGGCAAAAGCAUGAAAGCAGAACCACCACAUGAUCCAGAGGAGUUCUACGUCGACCCAAACGAUCGCAAACCUCCUGAAGUGAUACGUAAGGACAAACCUGGUAAAAAGUCUCCAGCAAAGAAACCCACAAGACCCUCACUGGUCCCACAACACGAUGAAGACGUUUAUUUGGACCCGAAUGAAGGACAGGAGGAUGACACGUAUCUGGAGCCGGUUGCAGAUUGUCCUUCUCCGGCCCGAAGCUCUGCUCGCAAGUCACCAGUGCCUCCUAAAAGCCUCGGACGAGACCCUCCAGCAUCGAUCAUGAAACCACCUGUUCCAGGAGCCAAAUCUAGUUCACUUCUGAGCGGAGAAAGUCUGAAUAAAGUUCUUCCAGCUGAGGUCAGACGUUCCUCGCUUUCAGGCCAGCUGUCCCCCCCUAAACCAGCCCAUAAACCCAUCCCUCCCACCCCCAUCCCCAAAGAACCCAAACCCAGUCCUUCUAUACCUUCAUCUCAAGAGUCAGCGCCCUCUUUUGGAAUAAAGCCUGUGACUCAAUCGUUUGCACAGGAGGCGGGGCUUCAGGACAGGCCGUGGUUUGCUGGGGUUUGUGAACGCAAAACUGCAGAGGAAACAGUUUUCAGGAUGAAAAAGGAUGGCACGUUUCUGGUCAGGUGCAGUAGUUCACAGAGCGGAUGUCAACCAUACACGCUGGUGGUCCUCUAUCAUCAUACGGUCUAUAACAUCCCUGUGCGCCUUCUAGAGGACUCACAGUUCUACGCUCUGGGGAAAGAGGGCAAGAAGACCGAAGAGCUUUUCAGCAGUUUGCAGGAGAUGAUCUCACAUCAUAUGCAGAAUCCCAUUCUGCUGAUUGAUCGUAAGACUCAGUCCAAACACACCACGUACCUCUCGCACCCCGUACGGCCCUAAUGCAGCUCUCUCGCCGUCUCUCUCCGCUCUGACCCUAACACACACAAAUAUAUGUACAGUAUGCUUUAAAAACACUCAAUUAUUUAUAAGAUUUUGUUUGUAAUGCAUACUUCAUUUAGUGCUUUAUGUUUAGUACUUACCAUGAGCUAUGUAGUGUUCAUUAGCUUUACUGACAGUUAUAUAUAAAUAUGAUGUUGGUGUAAAAUUGUUUAAAUAAAA